AUGCCUUCCCAUCUCUCUGUACUCGCAGCCAUCGGUGGCCUGCUCACGUUUGGACAUGCCCAGAAUUCGUCAGCCCCUUCGGCCUCAAGCACAUCGACGUACUCGCAACCCAAUGUACCGACUGGGGUCCCGAUUUCAGGCGACUACGAUGAGCCGCUUCGACCUCAAGUGCAUUUCAGCCCGCCUGCUGGGUUCAUGAAUGAUCCAAACGGCAUGUACGUCUCGGACGGGGUGUAUCAUUUGUAUUAUCAGUACAACCCGACCGAGAACAUUGCAGGAAACCAACACUGGGGCCACGCGACUAGUAAAGACCUGUACACAUGGACAAAUCAGCCCAUCGCCAUCUUCCCCGGUGGUCCAACCGAGGGCGUUUUCUCCGGAUCUGCCGUCAUCGAUCACAACAACACCAGCGGCUUCUUCCCGAAUCAGACCAACGGCGUAGUUGCGAUCUACACCAUCAAUGUUCCCGAGAACCAGACCCAGCACAUUGCCUACUCCCACGACAACGGAUACUCUUUCACCAAGUACGAGAAUAACCCCGUCAUCGUUCCCGGUGGAACCAACCCCACUCAAUUCCGUGACCCGAAAGUCAUCUGGUACGAGCCUGCUGAGAGCUGGGUCAUGGUCGUGGCUUACCCCAUCGACUUCAAGAUCGGCAUCUUCACAAGCCCUAACUUGAUCGACUGGACUCCCACCAGCAACUUCUCCAGCUACGGUAUCACCGGUCUGCAGUACGAGUGCCCGAACAUGGUUGAGAUGCGUGUGCAGAACUCCACUAGCGACGAGUCCAAGUAUGUUAUGUUGAUUUCCAUCAACCCUGGAGCUCCUCUCGGCGGAUCUAUCACGGAGUACUUCGUCGGUAACUUCAACGGCACGCAUUUCGAAGCUGAUGACGCCCGAACACGCCUCACGGAUUUCGCCAAGGACAACUACGCCGGUCAGUUCUUCUACGGUGUUCCCGCCGACGAAGAUCAGAUUACGCUUAACUGGGCGAGCAACUGGCAGUACACCAACGUCGUUCCCACUGCUGGUGAGGAAGUCGGCGAUGGCUUCCGUAGCGUCAUGACUGUACCCAGAGGCCAUUACCUCAAAGAUCUGCCCCGCCAGGGUCUGUCUUUGAUUUCGUACCCCUCCAACAUCAUGUCAAUUGUCGAAGAGGAGCUCGCUUCCACUGAAAUCACCAGUAACGGCACUGCCUUCGUAGAUUACUCCACCGUCGAGUCGGGCGCACUUUACUUUGAAGUCAAUGUCACUGGACUCACUGGCGGUCCUUCGCUCGCGGGAUCUAUUAGCUUCACCUUCCAGUCUUCGGUUUCCGGCGAGUCGAUCUCAGGUGGAACCUUCCUCUCAUCUGGCGAUGUUUGGCUGGACCGCGGAAAGACUGAGGCUUUCCAGAGCCCUUACUUCAACGACAAGUUCACUGCCACCGGUCUUUACGACGAUAGACAGGGCUCAUGGAAGAUCUCGGGUAUCAUCGACAGGAGCAUUAUUGAGGUCUUUCUGAACGAAGGCGAGCUUGGUGCGACCGCAGUCUUCUUCCCUACGCAACCGCUCGACACGAUGAUGCUGAGGGUGGCGGGCUUGAACGAAACAGUAACCGCCAGUGUUGGUGUGUGGUCUUUGAAGGCUGCUUGGUUAAACCAGGCCGAUGCCAAUGGCACAGUUUCCGGUAACACGACCGAGGGUAGCAGCGCAAUGCUAGGCUCUGCAAAGCUCUUCUAA